AUGAUUGCUAUUUGCAUUAAUGGCUUAAACUGCUUCUUUAAGUUUCUUGCCUGGAUUUAUACGGGUUCAGCAAGUAUGUUCUCAGAAGCUAUACACUCACUAUCUGAUACUUGUAACCAGGGUUUGCUAGCACUGGACAUCAGCAAGUCUAUUCAAACACCAGAUUCUUCUCACCCAUAUGGCUUUUCAAAUAUGCACUAUAUUUCUUCAUUGUUUAGUGGUGUUGGUAUUUUCAUGAUGGGUGCAGGACUCUCUUGGUAUCAUGGAGUCAUGGGAUUGCUUCAUCCUCAACCAAUGGAAUCCCUCCUAUGGGCAUGUUGUAUUUUAGCAAGAUCUUGGGUGUCUGAAGGAGCAACACUUCUUGUUGCCAUAAGUGAACUUCGCAGGAGCACUCAGACCAAGGACACGUCAUUUUAUAAGUAUGUCAUGGAAAGACGUGAUCAGAGUACAAAUGUUAUUCUGUUGGGGGACGCUACAGCUGUUUUAGGAGUGAUAAUCGCGGCUACCUGCAUGGGCCUUACCUCCAUAACAGGCAAUCCAUUGUAUGACAGCCUGGGUUCGUUGGGUGUGGGUGUCUUACUAGGUGUGGUCUCGGCAUUCCUCAUCUAUACUAGCACAGAAGCACUCCUAGGAUGA